CUACUCUUUCAGAGUCUUGGGCUCAGUUUCACUUCCCUCUUCCUUCAAUGUCAUUCUGAACUUGAAGAGAAAGGCUUUCAAAAAACCCAAUUCAAAGUGGUUAAAGGAGCUUUACUUUGCCAAGAGUUAAAAUGGCUCUCCAGGCUGCUGCUUUGGUUCCCUCUGCUUUCUCUGUCCCCAAAGAGGGAAAGUGUAAUGCAUCUUUCAAGGAUUCAAGUCUGUUUGGAGUCUCAUUCUCAGAAAAAGCUGAAUUCAACUCUGCUGUACUCAGGAGCAAGAGAGAAUUCGACUUAAGAACUGGGUCUGUUAGAGCCCAGACAACAGCCACAACAACCCCAGAAGUUACCAAGUCUGCACAAGAGAGGAAGAAAACUCUAAGAAAAGGCAGUGUUAUCAUCACUGGUGCCUCAUCUGGUUUGGGUCUAGCUACUGCCAAAUCUUUGGCUGAAAGUGGAAAAUGGCAUGUGAUUAUGGCUUGUAGGGAUUUCCUCAAGGCAGAGAGAGCCGCCAAAUCUGCUGGCAUUCCAAAAGAAAACUACAGCAUUAUGCAUUUGGACCUUGCCUCCCUUGACAGUGUCCGGCAAUUCGUCGAUAACUUCAGGCGAUCGGAACGGCCACUUGAUGUGCUGGUCUGCAAUGCUGCUGUUUAUCAGCCAACUGCAAAAGAGCCUUCAUUCACUGCUGAAGGUUUUGAGCUCAGUGUUGGGACUAACCAUCUUGGUCAUUUCCUCCUUUCAAGGUUGCUUCUCGAAGACUUGAACAAAUCAGAUUACCCAUCAAGGAGACUUAUCAUUGUGGGCUCCAUUACAGGGAAUGCCAACACUUUGGCUGGGAAUGUACCUCCAAAGGCUAAUCUUGGAGACUUGAGGGGACUUUCAGGAGGCUUAAAUGGGCUAAACAGCUCUGCCAUGAUCGACGGUGGAGAAUUCGAUGGAGCUAAGGCCUACAAGGACAGCAAAGUAUGCAACAUGCUCACCAUGCAAGAAUUCCACAAGCGAUAUCACGAGGAUACCGGAAUCACAUUCGCUUCCCUAUACCCUGGCUGCAUUGCUACAACUGGCUUGUUUAGGGAACACAUUCCAUUGUUCAGGCUUCUGUUCCCGCCAUUCCAAAAGUAUAUCACCAAAGGCUAUGUAUCAGAAGAAGAAGCAGGGAAAAGACUUGCCCAGGUUGUGAGUGAACCAAGCUUGACAAAGUCGGGUGUUUACUGGAGCUGGAACAAGGACUCUGCUUCGUUUGAAAACCAAUUGUCUCAAGAAGCUAGUGAUGCAGAGAAGGCUCGCAAGGUGUGGGAAGUCAGUGAGAAGCUUGUGGGUUUGGCCUAAUUUGGGGCUUGCAUUUUCACGUUAAUUAAUCGAGGAUGGUGUGGCUAGCGAGUUAGGGACCAAGGUCCGUUAUUGAGUGCUGCGUUUAGUUUCAGAUGUUGUGCUUUCUGUAAACAAAUGUUCUCUCGUAGAUGAAUAGGUGUUUGUCACAUUUUGUCAAUAAAAUCACUUACCCUUGUAGCAAA